AUGUGUUUUGUAGGCAUAUCUGUCGAUGUCUAUCGUUUUGGUCAAAUAUCCGGCGAUACAAAGAAAGGCAUUUGGAAUACAACAGAAAUGAUAUCAUUAAUGAUUUGUGCUGGCGGGGGACAAUUAGGAAAAAUGCCAAAUACUGGUGGAUCAAUUAACUGGAUACCAGUCGAUAUUGGUAGUGCAUGCGUUGUUGAUAUUGCAUUACAAGAUUAUAAUAUAAAUAAUAAUGUACAUCAUUUACUGAAUCCAAAUGUAAUUAGUUGGAAUGAAUUCUUAGUAAACCUUAAACAGGCUGGACUACACUUUGAGAUUGUGCCAAUAAAAGAAUUUUUUGAUAAUAUACUAACCAGUAAGGAUAAUCCAUUGUUAAAAUUGGCAUCAUUUUUUGAGAAAUAUUAUUUAAAUGGUCAAUCAAAUAAAUUAGCUCAAUAUGAAACCCAAAAAACCGUUGAAAAAACCAAUAAUUUAAAACUUUGUCCAGCUAUUGAUCAGCAUUUAAUUGAAUUGUAUUUAAAUUAUUGGUAUAAAUCCGGAUUUUUAAAGUGCGGCUAUGAAUCUAAAGAAUAG